UUCCUCGUAGUAGCAGGAGGAUGGAUUACAACCUACCUUUGAACAUCGUCUUAGUUGGCGAUCCAGAAGUAGGAAAAUCCACUUUAAUUGCCAAAUGCCAUCAGUUUAAUCCAACGUCUGAAAAUGGAGGUUUUUUUACUCGCGACUUCAAGAUACCGAGCAGCUACAAGCCAACUUCCCUGUCCUCGUAUCUCACCAGUAUCUACCAGAACAAGGGAGAUCAUAGCAUGAUGUACAGUGUGUUUCGAGCUAAUAUUAUAGAUACUGGUGGAGCUAGACGAUACGAUCAUGUUCGUCCUCUAGCCUACAUAGACGCUGAAGUAUUCCUGGUUUGCUUUGAUAUUUGUAAUCGUCAAUCGUUCUUGAAUGUAUCGUCAAGAUGGCUGCCUGAAAUAAAGAAGUACGAAUCUCAGGUUCCAGUUAUUCUGGUUGGUACCAAGGCUGACCUCAAAUCAAGGAGACAAGUUACAGAAACUGAAAUUUGUGACGCUUGCAAAACCUCUAAUAUAUGUUGGAGAAAUUAUAUUGAAACAAAAAGCUAUGACAAAGAUGGAAUGGUUUGUGCUUUAUUUGAUAAAGCUGUGGAGUUGGCUUUUACUUAUCAUAAAGAUCAUUUGAAGUCCAGAUUUAAGAAGACCAAAGAUAAAUAUAGUGAACAAAUCUUUGAUGUUACCAACCUGGAAAAAGCAAGUGACCCCCCUGAAUGUGCCAGAGGUUCGUCAACACUUUCCAGUGACUGGCAAGUGACACUUGACAGCAAGAGAGCUGCUGAUGUUAUCCUUAAGUUUCAAGAUGAAUCUCCUGAGAUUCAUGCACACAAGUUUGUCCUCGCCUUGGCAUCCACAACCUUCAGAAAAUUGUUCAAAACUUUUGACAAUAUUUGUGGUGCAAUAAUCAGAGGUAGAAAUGCAGGUCAAACGUCUUUGCCAACUGAUGAAACAGAGUGUUGUAAUUUUUGUGUAAAUUCAGAAACCAGUACUGUUCAAGAACUUUAUUCCAGUUUCCUGGAGAAAACUCCAUUUUUCCAAAUUCACUGUGCUCACUGCAGUGGCCAAAAAGUCGGAGACAAAAAAGAAGGCAAAAGCAGAGAAGCUUUUUCAAUUCAAAUUACAUUCAAAACUUUUAUCAAACGUCCUGUAUUUCUUUCCGUUCUUGAGUGGAUGUACACUGGACGUUUAGAUAUAUCAGAUGAACCAGAGCAGAGUUUUAUUGAAGACUUAGAAAAGAUUUUGUUAGAAUUAGAAAUUCAAGCAUUAAGAUUUAGCUUGCUUAGGAUUCUUCAGCAUAGAAGAAGAUUAAAUAUACCUCUACCUCCUUCUGCAAGAGGACACAACCUAGGACAGUAUGGCAACAUACCUAUAUCACCACCUAUACUACCACCUCUACUACCAUCUGCAAGAGGCCUCAACCUAGGACAGCAUUGCAACAUACCUGUACCACCACCUCUACCACCUCUACUACCUUCUGCAAGAGGCCACAACCUAGGACAGCAUGGCAACAUACCUCUACCACCACCUAUACCACCACUACCACCAUCUGCAUACAACAUACCUCUACCACCACCUCUACUACCUUCUGCAAGAGGUCACAACCUAGGACAGCAUGGCAACAUACCUAUACCACCACCUAUACCACCACCAGCAAGAAGGAACAACCUAGGACAGCAUAGUAACAUACCUCUGGGUCCCCCAACACCACGCCCUCCUGUUUCCAAAAGAGAUCUAGCCAAUGCUUAUAAAGAGAUGUGGGAAAAUGCCCACAGCCUUCUAAUUGAUAAAGAUUUGCAGCCUGAUUUAGUGUUGAUAGUAGACAAUAUGCCUAUACAUGUUCAUCGAGUUGUGCUAAUAUCAAGGUCGCCCAUGAUGGCAGCAAUGUUGGAUGGAAAUUUCAAAGAAAGGGAUCUCAACACAGUAAAACUACCUAGCGUUCCCUUGGAACAUUUUCGUACACUCCUGGAAUUCAUGUACUCAGAUACUUGUGCUCUAAAUGAAACCAACAUCAAAGAUAUCAUGAAACUGGCUGACAGGUUUGAUUUGCCAAGCCUACUUAAACGCUGCGAAGAAUACAUGAUAUACACACUCCUUGACAACACUUUCACCAAGGAUUUCGUAGAAAUGGGACGAGAUUUGGUGAUGGACACCAUUUACUUUUCUGAGACCUUCAAUGCGCAGCUGCUCCAUAAAUGGUGCCUACAUUUCGUCGCAACAAACUACGAUCUUUUUGAACAAGAAGAAGACUUUAAAGCUAUAUGGAGCCAAAACGCAGAAUAUAUGGAAAGCAACCAAUGGCCGUCACGAAAUUACAUCCAAGUUCUAAAACAGUACAAAGCAUCAAGAAGCAAAAUUAACGAAAUUUUAAGAAAAAGAAGAAGCAAUACGACCAAGUGCGCUUGUUGUAUCAUGUGAAGAAUGUUAUGUAUUGGACAUCGGUGGAAAUAUUUUUCAUCAUUUUUUUUACAGAAACUAAAAAAGAGGGUGGUGCCACUUUAUGGCUGUCGCAACUGAUUAACUUGAUGACAUCAAUGAAUCAUCUCUUUUAGAUACGCUAACAUCAGUAGGGGACCGCCAUUUAACGCGUGGUCCGUCAUCCGAGCCAUGGCACCUUCUACUCAGAUAUUUUUAAAUUUCCUGAGUGUUGUCCGACCGUGGCUUGAACCUGCAAUUUCCGAUCUCCCAAUAAACUGAGCCUGCAAAAUCACGGGCAGGGUCACGGUACGGUGUUUAACCAAUCACGAUACGUGGGAUGAUGACAGCAGCUCAUCCAAUCACAAUGCUUUUACUGAAAUUAAAAUGUAUUAGAAUUUUUUCUUUCAUUUUUUUAAAACGAAAGGAAAAAUUAUAGAAUGCAAACACUAAAA